GGUACAAUUCAUUGUUUUUAAAGGCUGGACGAGAUCAUAAAUAUCAUAAGUACGAUUAGCUGAGAGACUUUUCUGUGAUAAAUCCGCAACUAAAAUGAAGUGUCUCUUGAUGAUUGUUGCAGCCGCUGCUCUGUUGGGCAUAGCUAGUGCUGCUGCUACUUGCCUGGAGAGUCCACCAAUAUGGUCUGGCCACCUGUUUGAGAUAUCCACUGACAAUCCUAGGAGAGCUGUCAUUAGUUAUAGCAGAGAUGAAAAAAAGAUUAAAACCACUGACUACAAGGGUGUGCCUUUACGUACCACACUUGAUGAUUAUACCACCGGUACAAGGUAUGUCUCUGAAAAUGGAGAAUGCAGAAAGAGCAACCUUACUGGGACCAUCCCAACUUUUGGAGUACCAGAAGGAUCCCUGCCUAACCCAGUAGGUCCUCAUUAUCUUGGUGGGAAGCUGCCCGACACAGGAGUACUGGUGUAUGACUUUUAUGGAGAGAACACCAGAGAUGGAAUCUAUUUCCUCACUUAUGCUCCUGUUGGAGAGGGUACAGUAUGUGUCCCACUUUACUUCACUUUCCUUGCUAAGCCUCCUCUGCUGCAAGAGUUCACUGAGCUUGUUACCACUGUGCCUCCUGGUGCAUUUAGCAUUCCUCCAGGCUGUGAAUGAAUACUGCCAAGGAAGGAACAGCAUUAUUACUGACAUUUAUGUAUACUGCUUGACUUUAAUUUGCUUACUAUUGUUAUGUAGUUUUUUUAUUAGUCUAUAGUCUUUUUUGGUUGAAAACAUUAAUAUUGAUACUGAUAUGAUA